GCUUUGUUGAAUGUUGUUAUACUCGGAAAUGGCCGCAUCCACGUGCAGACGGAUUCCUUGUAAAAUAGCAGAACUACGACUGGAUAAAACACUAGUUUGUGGACAAUCUUUCAGAUGGAAGGAGAGGACACCUGGGAUCUGGACAGGUGUUCUAGCUGGAUAUGUCUGGAACCUGUGGCAGUCCGACACAGAGCUGUUCUAUCAGGUGAUCCCCUCCCCUGGACAAGAUGACAGUGCUGCUGCAGAUGGCAAUCAUAUCAACACAUCUAUCAAGUCUGAACCUAUUCAGAUCUCUGAGGACAAUGAGGAGGUUAAACGAGCAAAGGUUGUCAAACAACACACUAAAAAAGGCUGUAGAAUGAGAACAUUUCCCACAACUAAGACAAGGAAAGAGUUGAGGACUGACAAGCAGUCCGGGCAGGCUGGCACACAAACAUCAGACUAUAAGGAUGUUGAUUUGAAGACCUCCACUAAAACAGAAUACAAACAUGUAGAUGUGAAGCUAGAACCAGACAUUUUGGAUACACUGUGAACUUCAGCAGAACUAGAAGCCACAUUACGUGACUAUUUCAGACUAGAUGUGAACCUUACUGAUCUGUACAAAACUUGGUCCCGGUCUGAUCAAGUGUUUAAACAAACAGCCACAGAUUUUACAGGCAUUAGGAUCCUACGGCAGGAUCCUGUAGAAAAUCUCUUCUCCUUCAUCUGUUCAUCCAACAAUCACAUCUCCAGGAUCAGUGGAAUGGUGGAACGGCUUUGUCAGACCUACGGGACAAAGGUCACAGAGUAUGAGGGCGAGUCGUACUUCAGUUUCCCAUCAGUGGACAGUCUGUCCGGGCAUGAUGUUGAGGACAGACUCCGAAGUCUGGGAUUUGGAUACAGGGCGAAGUACAUCAGUGCAACUGCCAAAUAUCUACAGGAAAACCAUAGUGAGGAAUGGCUAAGGGGAUUGAGAGACAGACCGUACCCACAGACUAAGGCAGAGUUGAUGAAGCUGUGUGGCGUCGGGGCAAAGACCAAGGCAGAGUUAAUGAAGCUGUGUGGCGUCGGGCAAAGCUGUGUGGUGUCGGAACAAAUGUACGUACACACAGACCAAGGCAAAGUUAAUGAAGCUGUGGGGUGCCGGAACAAAGGUACGUACACACAGACCAAGGCUGAGUUAAUGAAGCUGUGUGGUGUCGGGGCAAAGGUUGCAGACUGUGUGUGUCUGAUGUCCAUGGACAAACUGGAGGCUGUUCCAGUGGAUACCCACGUGUGGCAGAUAGCUGCACGAGACUACAUGCCUAAACUGAAACAGGCCAAAUCCCUCACUGACAAGUUGUAUGGAGAGAUAGGAGACCAUUUCCGUGAGCUGUGGGGUGACAAGGCCGGCUGGGCUCACUCAGUUUUGUUUGCUGCAGAUUUGAAACAGUUCAAGGACAAAAGUGAUACCAAGGAAAUACGUAUGAAAACUGGACUAAAGAAUUCCCAAGACAAAGGACACAAAAGGUCAAAGACAUCAGAUAAAGUUGGAGGAAAAAAAUCAAAAUCAUAGUACUAAAUAUAAAGUUAUGAGGAAUUGUUCUGUGUGAUUUACUGGCCAUGUAUCCUCAAGGGACACGAAUGGUUUUAUAGCGUACACCUCUGGUGUUAUUUACCUGUGCAUAUUGUAAACAUAACUUUCUAUAAGUAUGAAUUUAUAUGUGUAGAAGUUGACAGAUAUUAUCAAUUAAUAUUCUGACUACUACAUCCAUAUUUCCCAGAUUUUCACAAUUCAUUAUACGGAAAAGUAAGAAACAAACAAUUAUGUCCAUACAUAUGAUCUGCUCACAUUGUCAUGUUAUAUUGUAACAUUGCUGUUCACUUGUUUGACCUCUUGUUACACACUCUCAAGUGUGUCAGAGAGUAAUAAAGGUAUCUAUAGAACUACUGUACACCAGACAGUAUCAAGACUGGAAAUAAUCUACAACAUGUUGAAAAAGAAAUCAAACAGGAAAUUAUUAUUAUUUCCUUUUCAUUGAAAUUACAAAAACAACAUCACCUAAAAUAUUUUCAUCAAAUAAAAUUUUGUAAUUUGGUAAGUUUUAAUAAAAACAACA